AUGGUUUUGAAUGAUACAUCACAUUUUAAUUUACAGCUGUUGCAAGAAAAGACCCUGGAUGUGCACGUGACAACAGAGUACAGAGGAAUGCUCGAAUGGGAGUGGUUGAACUUCCUGGAAAAACUACAACAGGAGGCGCUAAAGUCUGCAUGGUUGAUAAAAGGAACCGCUGCUGUGUGGGUGAAUGGUGAGUUUGUCGGACAUGGAGCAGACUUUGUUGAUUGGUUGAGCAGGAUGUUUGAGUUCGAAGGUGACAUUUUUGAAGACUGUAUCUUUAAAGACAAAGCUGAAAAAGACUAUCAACAAUACUUUUGCACAAGUAAUCAUGAAUUUGUUUACAUGGACAUCGCUGAUGAUAAUAAGAUGAUAGGUCGCCUGAUUUUUGAGCUGUUUACGGAUUUAACACCUAAAACAUGUCAGAAUUUCAAAGCACUGUGUACAGGUGAAUAUGGAACAGCGCCUUCUGGUGUGAUAUUGAAUUAUAAAAAGUCACCUAUACAUCGUAUCGUUCCCAACGGAUGGAUACAAGGUGGGGAUAUUGUUGGUGGAAAAGGCAAUGGCGGAGAAUCCAUUUUCGGAGCUAUAUUUGGAGAUGAAAGUUUUGCAAUAAAACACAAUACGAAAGGUGUGCUGGGUAUGGCCAAUAAGGGACGAAAUUCAAAUGCAUCUCAAUUCUAUAUUACGUUGUGCGCAACCCCAUGGAUGAACAAGGUGUAUGUUGCUUUUGGACAAGUAAUUGAAGGAUUUGGUGUUUUAGAAGCAUUGACGAAGCUAGAUACUCUCCAUGAGCGCCCUCUAGCCAACGUUUAUAUAGCUAAUUGUGGUCUAGUCACCUUCGAUUGUGAAAAUCGACUAGUAUGA